GAACGUUUAACGAACACAAAACAAGCGAAGAAAAAGAAAGCCAUAAAUAAAAGAGAUCUUAGAGAGAAGAAGACGAAAAGAAAGAAAGAAAUCGGCAACAAUGGAGAACGCUGCUGAGAAGGUCGGGCUAUGGGAAGGCCUGUUGAGAAGCCAUCAGAAGUCGCUCAAAGCCUUGUUCAGCCCCAAGAGCGCAAAUGCAGACCAAAACGACGACGUUCGCAGUAUUCCUCACCUCUCUCCUCUCGCCAAUUCCGUCGUCUCUCGCUGUUCCAGAAUUCUUAAGAUUCCUACUGAAGAGUUAGAGGCUCAAUUUGGAAUAGCAAUACCUGAGGACACUAAGGAACUUCUGACAUACUCGAGGAAUUUUCUAGAGUUUUGCUCAUACCAAGCACUACAUAUGUUGACUAAACGCCCAGAUUAUUUGAGCGAUAAGGAGUUCCGACGUUUGACUUUUGAUAUGAUGCUUGCAUGGGAGGUUCCAAGUGUUGAGAACAAACAAUUAGAGAAAGAGGCUGAGUCUUGCAGUAAUCAGGAGGUAGAGGAUGAGGCUGCGUGGUCACUUUUCUAUUCAAGUUCUACGAAGAUGGCUGUUCAGGUUGAUGAUAAGAAAACUGUUGGACCAGAGGCUUUUGCACGGAUAGCUCCUGCUUGUGCAGCUGUCGCAGAUAUAAUCACUGUGCACAAUCUCUUUGAUGCACUUACAACCUCUUCACGCUGUCGACUUCAUUUUCUUGUGUAUGACAAAUACAUAAGAAGCCUUGACAAAAUUAUAAAGGCUGCAAAAAGUGCAUUGGUUCCUUCCGUCGGAAAUCUUCAGCUUUCUGAGGGAGAAAUUGUCCUAGAUGUUGAUGGUACAAUUCCUACUCAACCGGUUCUGCAACAUAUUGGUAUCUCUGCUUGGCCUGGGCGGUUAACACUGACCAAUUAUGCUUUGUACUUCGAAUCAUUGGGAGUUGGGAUGUAUGACAAAGCUGUUAGAUAUGAUCUAGCAACAGAUAUGAAGCAGGUCAUCAAACCUGAAUUAACUGGACCAUUGGGUGCUCGCCUUUUUGAUAAAGCGGUGAUGUACAAGUCAACAUCUAUAGCAGACCCUGUUUAUUUGGAAUUUCCUGAAUUCAAAGGGAACUCUCGCCGGGACUAUUGGUUGGAUAUUUGUCUUGAGGUCCUGUAUGCUCACAGGUUUAUCAGGAAAAACAGCCUUAAAGAAAUUCAAAAGUCUGAAGUACUUGCAAGGGUUAUUCUCGGAAUCUUCCGGUACCGUGCUCUUAGAGAAGCUUUCCGCUAUUCUGCAUCCCACUACAAAACCUUACUUCCUUUUAACCUUGCUGAGAGUCUUCCAAGGGGAGAUUUUAUUUUGGAAACUCUGUCUAGUCGACUAGUCCUUUUAAAUGCUGAUGCUGCCAAAGGUGAUGUUUCUGGAAGCCCUUAUGCAAAACCGCAGUCCAAACUAUCCCCAGUUUCACUCCUGGCACUUUGCCAACUCGGAUUCAUAUUAGCAAAAGAGGGAAACAUUGAUGAAGAAUCAAUAAUUGUUGGAGACGUUUGUGUUGGUGAGACCAAUCCCUUAGAACUUGCAGUAAAACAAUCUGUAUCAGACACUAGUAGUGCUGAAGCUGCUCAGGCAACUGUGGAUCAAGUGAAGGUGGAAGGAAUCGAUACAAAUGUUGCAGUCAUGAAGGAACUACUGUUUCCAGCUAUUGAGAUAGGCAGGCGUCUCCAAAUUCUGGCCUCAUGGGAAGACCCUUACAAAUCAACAAUGUUUCUGGUGUUGACCUGCUACUCUAUUUUAAGGGGCUGGACCAGAUACAUAUUGCCAUUCCUUCUUCUAUUUACUGCAGUGCUCAUGAUCUGGCGCCGGCAGUUUAACAAAGGGAAGCCAUUGGAACCCUUCAGAGUUACACCUCCUCCGAACCGGAAUGCUGUAGAGCAGCUGCUGACAUUACAAGAUGCCAUCUCUCAAGUUGAAGCGUUGAUUCAAGCUGGGAAUAUCAUUCUCCUAAAGUUAAGAGCUGUCCUGUUUGCUGUACUUCCACAGGCAACGGACAUGGUUGCACUAUUGCUUGUUGUUUUGGCUGCCGUUUUUGCAUUUGUGCCUCUUAGAUAUAUUAUUACUCUAGUAUUCCUUGAGGUUUUCACGAGGGAAAUGCCUUAUAGGAAGGAAAGCAAUGACAAGUUGGUGAGGCGUGUUAGGGAAUGGUGGAUCAGGAUACCCGCUGCGCCGGUUCAACUCAUUAAGCCUGAUGAUAACAAGAAAAAGAAAUCAUAGAUCCUGAGGACAGUGUCUCAUAUUCAAAAUGUAAUGUGGACAGUAAAAAUGGUCCUUUGUCACAGUAAACUUAGAAGGAUUUUAGCCUGAAAUUUCUUGGAAUUUUGGUUCCUUGAUAUCAAAUAUGAUGUCAACAUUUUAGGGAUGCACAGUUCAUUCUUUCUUUGUAGAACAUGUUAAGGAAUACAAUGCUCAGUUGAAGACAAUCGUGAGCUUUGAAAAUUAGAAUGACAAAAUAACAUGGAUAAU